UGCUCUGCAUCAGCGCUGGAAAACCACAUUCCUGCAGUCUGAGGAAAAACAAGUCAGGGAGGAACUCUGGAAGAGAGCUGCAGAAAGAUUUAGAGUUAACUCUUCACAAUGACUCAUGUUUAGUAGAGAGAGGUUUAUAAUCUACAUGUUAAAGUUUGGUUUAAAGAACAAAAACAAAAGUAGGUCAUUAAGUUUCCAUGUGUGGACUACAGGGAGUUGCUGUUGCUCUGUGGAUUAUGCAAUCGGUGGAUGCUAAAAAUUGUUGUGCACUCUGCCUGGACUCCUCUGUGCUCAUACUUGUGGUCUCACCCCGUCCACAGGGAGAGGGGGGAGGGAGAGGGAGACAGAAUUUCCUUCCAUUACAAAUACAUGUGUCAGCUCCCAAACGUGCUGAGGGUGGCCUGUCACCGGACGGUCGCUGGUUUGAACCCCGGAGGCUUUGAUUUAAGUUUUGAGGUGUGAGGGAUAACUUUUUUCUGUUCCGUGUGGAGCUUUAGAGCAAACUCUCCAACUCACUGCAUUUUGCUGUGUGAGAGCAGCUUUCAUACUAGUUGAUGUUUCCACAUUCUUUCUCAGCAAGAGACAGCCUCAAAACGCAAAACCAACUUCCACAAAAUUGGUUGUGAUUAAAAGAAAAAAGUUUUGAAGGGGGGAGGACGAGGGGAGAGGGGGGGGGGUGCUGGAGUUGGAUUUCAAGGCGUGGUGUUGAAGUAUAGGCGGCCAACCGGUGAAUGGAAGUUUUCCCCGGUAGGAGGGGAGGAGGCGGCUCCUUCCAAAAGUUUGCACCGACUUGAGCUCGCCCCUCCCCGGCCGCCUCCGCGCAUUUAUACGCAGGCAAUCAGGCAGCGGUGCACAGUGAAGCACUCUGGUUCAGCGCUUCUCGAGGGGAGGAAAUAUAGCCACCUACAAUCCAACAAUACAAACCUGACCCCCCUUUCUCCUUCUUCUUCCACGGACUAAAGCUGCACAUUAACUUUUAAAGCAACUUUUCCACAACCAAAACCAGUCGUGGCACUAAUUACAGCUCGUCGCAUACAAGGAUCCGACUCGGUCCUCUAUGAAAGAGGGAGUGCGGCAGCAAACUUGGGGAAAAGAGAUGUCUGCGACGGUUUUGUCCGCUUUCUACGACAUUGACAUGCUUUACAAGGAUAAAAGCAUGAACAUGAACGCGCUCCACAUCAACAGCAUGUUGGAUAAGAAAGCGGUGGGGGCUCCGGUCACCACUCCGGGCUCCGGCGGCGCCUUCACGCCAGGAUUUUUCCGCAGAAACUCAACCAGCAACGUGGAGGCGAUGAACAACGGCAACAAAUACUCCGUGGGCUCCUACGGAAGCCUUAAGGAGAACUCACCGAGCAGCACCAGCAGUGCCACGGCUCUUAUGAACAAGGAGAACAAGUUCCGCGAUCGCGCCUACAGCGAGAGCGGAGAGCGGGGCGUGCUGCAGCAGAAGCCCGGCUCACAGAUCAACUCCACCCGCUACAAGACUGAGCUGUGCCGGCCCUUUGAGGAGAACGGCUCCUGCAAGUACGGGGAGAAAUGUCAGUUUGCUCACGGCUACCAUGAGCUCAGGAGCUUGUCCCGCCACCCCAAGUACAAAACAGAGCCAUGCCGCACUUUCCAUACUAUCGGCUUCUGCCCCUACGGUCCCCGCUGUCACUUUAUCCACAACGCCGACGAGCGCCGGCCCGCUCCAGCCGCUAACGCCAACAUGCAGGAGCCCCGGUCAGCCCGCGAGCUGUGCGGCUACAGGGACGUCCUCCCCCCGCAGCAGCUUGGAUUCACCCAGAGAGACAGACCAAAGCUCCACCACAGCCUCAGCUUCUCCGGCUUCUCCACCCACCACGGGCUCGAGUCUCCCCUACUUGAUAGCCCCACGUCCCGGACCCCUCCUCCGCCCAACACCGCAUCCUCCUGCACCUCUGCCUCCAGCUUCUACGAGGAGGUUAUCUCCCCCAACUCCAUGUCCUGCAUCAACAGUGCCUUCAACUUUCCUGGACAGGACCUUAAAGCCUUACUGGCUCCCCUGGCUGUGCACACCCCCAGCUACACCAACAACCACUCCACCGGAGCCUACUACGGGAACGUGCCGGGCAGCGUGUGCCCGCCCUCCCCUCCCGCCUACAACAUGAGCCACCUGCAGGCGCUCCGCCGCCUCAGCGAGUCUCCGGUGUUCGAGCCUCCUCCCAGCCCGCCAGACUCGCUGUCUGACCGGGAGAGCUAUGCGAGCGGGUCCCUCAGCUCUUCCGGGAGCCUCAGCGGCUCCGAGUCCCCGAGUCUGGACGCUGGAAGACGGCUGCCUAUCUUCAGCAGGCUGUCGAUUUCUGAUGACUGAGUCAGUUUGUUUUCACUCGGGAUUACGGACGGUCCGGCAGGGUGGUGGAGGACCCGAACCCCCCGAGUCCUCCGUCUCUUUUCAGCAGAAACCACCCUUCCGAAGUGCCUUUUGAGCAAGACAUUGAGUCCCUGGCAGCUCCGGGGGUGCUGACCCUGCUCUGACCUCCCUGGAGGGGGGCACGAGGAGAGAAACAGGGAUCAUAAAGCUUCAACAGUUAAAGUGUCCUUGACCUGGCAUUAGUUCAGUAUCUGUCUUUCUUUUCUGUGUAUUAUACCUGUAUUAAAGUUAGAUAGCCAACAGAAGGCAUUCCAUCAGUGCCUUGCCCCAGGGCUGCGGCAGCCCCUACCCGUGGUCCACACUGUUUCUGGGAUUAGACGUGUGGCCGACAUGACUUGACAAGUAAAGAGACUGUAAGCAGUUUUCAGAUUUCCUCCAUCCUGCCAAGAAAAUGCCUUGAUGACUCAAAGUAACAUUUUUUCUUUAUCAGUGUGUUUUUUUUCUUCUUUUCCUUCUUCCAUUCCAACAUUAUUCCUCCUCCAGCGCCACCCAGUGGUCCGUUCGGUUAGUGUAGUGUGUUGCUUGGUUAAAGCACUCUUGAGUUGGGUUUGUUCGGGGAAAUCACUGCUGAUGGUUGAAUAUCUAUUUUUUUAGCUGUUUUUGAGUGAUUGACAUAGCUGUGCAUAACUGGCUAUGGACUAUUUAACUUAUUUAUUAUCUUGUGAAAAAAGUAUAGGCUACAUUGGUAAUUUGUGUCCAUACUGUAUUUAUCAAGUAUGAUGAAGCAAUAGAUCUAUAUUCUUUUAUGUUUAAAUUAUGAUCGCCAUUAUUAAUCUGCAUAAAGUGGAGUGUAUGUUCUUUUCACAGUAAUAUAUAUAUUUUGUUUUUUCUCCUUUUUUGUAACUUCACUUGGUUAUUUUUAUUGUAAAUGAGUAAAAAAAAUCUUAAUUUAAGAGAACGUAUGUGAUAUUUAUUUCAUUAAUUUUGUUUCCUUGUUUACGUUUAUUAAAAGAAAAGUUUGCGUGAUUGCUGUUCGCUCGUGUGUCAGUGCUAAGAAGGCUUUUUUUUUUUGAGGAUCCCCAUUUUGCUGUUUUUUUGGUAGAAUGUAUAAACGAUGUGGUUGUACAGACCGUCCAAACUUCUUUUGUUUAGAUCAGACGUCAGUGACAAAGAACCCAAGUCAAUAAAUUAACCAAAAAGUAUUUUUGUUUUCUGUGUUUGCACGAGGUCACACUGUGAUUCCAGCCACGUGCUAAAGAAUGUAGCAUCCUUGUGCCCCAGUAUUAUUGUGUAGUGCCUAUGGGGUUCACCAUCUUGACAUGCCUUAAAAUUAACCAAAUAAAGUAUUUUUCCUACAUGGCAUCUUUUAUACACACGUUGAACUGAAUGUAGAAUUGAAUCUAUUUUCAAAGGUUGUUACCACUCAGACUCUGACAGAAACAGCCGUAACCUUUCUAAACCCCCAUUCCUCUUAUUUUCAUUUCUUUUUGCUGUUUUCUUUUUUUCAUAUUGAGAUGUAGUGUGAGCGUUAGCUGAGAGGGAAGUGGAUGAACACGUUUGGUUUGUACAUAGUAGGUACAGGGGGAAGCGCACUAUGUACUUUUGACUACUUUAUCAGAAGUAAAGCUUUUUGAAUGUAACAAAAAACGGACAAAAAGACAACGAGAGUUGUGCUAUUUUGGGGGGAGUCAGUUCACUACAAAUCCAGUGUGAGACUGUUAACUUUGUACUGUACAUUUUUGUAGUUCUCCCAAUAAAAAUCAUUUUGAAAAAG